AUGGAGUGGAGAUUUUUAGAAGAAAUUUUAUAUGCUUUUCAGUUCCCAGUUCAUUUCAUUAAGAAAAUUAUGAUCUACAUCACUACUCCUAAAUUUUCUCUGCUUUUCAAUGGAUCCUUGCAUGGAUUCUUCGAGGCUAAGAGGGGCCUCAGGCAGGGAGAUCAUAUGUCACCCCUUCUAUUUGUGUUGGGUAUGGAAUACCUCAGUAGAAUUAUGAAGACAAUAGGUGAUAAAGAAGAAUUUCAUUUUCAUGAAAUGUGUGGGGGAUUAAAGAUUAACCACUUUAGUUUUGCAGACGAUGUCCUUCUCUUUUGUAAAGGUAAUUUUAAGAGCAUCUAUUUGUUACUAAAGAGCCUCAAGUUAUUCUCAAUGACCUCGGGUCUUCACCCUAAUAAACAUAAAAAUGCAAUUUAUUGCAGUGGAAUGGGAGAAGAGGAAAUAAGAAGGAUAAUGGAUGCUUCAGGUUUUCCAAGAAGCAACAUUACAUUUAAAUACCUCGGAGUACCUAUUUGUGCCAAAAAAAUAUCAUCCACUGAAUGUUUAAUCCUAGUAGAGAAGAUGAAAACUAGAAUUAGGGUGUGGAGCACAAGGAAUUUGUCCGUUGCUGGAAGAACAAUGCUAAUUCAGUCGGUACUAUUGAUAAUUCACACUUAUUGGAGCCAGAUUCUUAUCCUUCCAAAAAAAGUAAUAAAAGAAUUAGAAAGUAUAUGCAGAAGCUUCUUAUGGACAGGGAAAAACAACAUGAAUGGGCCAAAUAAUAUUGCUUGGGAGAAGCUAUGCAAGACUAAAAAAGCUGGAGGAAUUGGGUUUCUAGACAUUGGAAAGUGGAAUCAAGCUAUUGUGCCGAAACAUGUUUGGGCAGUAGCUACAAAGAAGGACAACCUAUAG